AUGGCGAAAUCAAUUCGAAGCAAAUGGAAGCGAAAAUGCAGAGCUAUCAAAAGAGAGAGAUACGCUGUUAAAGAGCUGGCUAGAUUAAAGAAAAUGCUCGGCAUCAAAGAAGAGGAUAAACAACCUGAAAGUGAGGUUAUGGAAUCGGAUCAAGUAAUAUUCUUAGAUGCUGGGCAGAUCGCUAAAAAUAAAAAGGACAAAAAGAAGGAGCAACCACUGCCCGACGUAGAAGAAGAUGUUGAGAUGAGCUCUGAUGAUGAAAAAGUGGAAGUUUCUGGUGAAAAUGGUGAAAAGAAAGUCUACAGCACGAAAACAUUGAAAGAUCAGAACGGACAAUAUCCGAUUUGGUUACACAAAAGGAAGAUAGCAAAACUGAACAAAGUUGGUAAGAAAAACAUAAAAAAGCGUUCAAAGAAACGAAGACGAUAG